CUAUCUUGUGUCUUCCAUUCUUCAGUCUCUGUCUGCUUCCGUGGACAUCUUCCCCUCCUUGCUUGCUUCCUGGCUUCCGCUCGGGUUUUCUCUGGGUAAAUAGAGAAGAUUUGACGGCACGAUUCCGACGAAGCUUAGCGACCUUGUAGCCCGAUCUGUUUGUGGCUCGCAGCUUGCUUAGGAAAUUCGACUCGACGAUUGCUGUAGAAAAUCGUUCCGCGGUAGCCCUUGAGAGUGCUAACAGAUAUCCAAGUCGGGUCGAGCUCCUCAGCUUGUUCUUACGAAGAACAGUAUUCGUUCCAAGCUUAUUCAGUAAUAGCAUGCUGGACAUCACUAUUUAAUUCCUGCUAAGUACUUUUUGCGAUGAGUAAGAAUUCGGGCCAUAGAGGCAGGAGUCGGAAGGACCAACCGGAGCCGAUGGCGCUUUUUCCGCGGAUAGACGUCAGCAGCGCAGCAGCAGCAGCGGUGGGGGGGCCCAAGGCACCUCCGCGGAACAAGAUGGCGCUCUACGAGACGUUGGCGCUGCCUUCCGCCAAGCGCUUCCGCGCCGCUCCCCUCUCUGCCCCCCGCUAGCCUCCGCCAGCCCUUUCCCCCCAUCCUCCCCGUACUGCCCUCCGUCAAGCGUUUUCCCGUCAAACGGUUUUCCAUCAAGCAAUUUUCCGUCCGGCGGUUUUCAGUCAACCGGUUUUCAGUCAAGCGGUUUUCAGUCAACCGGUUUUCAGUCAAGCGGUUUUCAGUCAAGCGGUUUCCCGUCCAGCAGUUCAGGACCAGCAGGCGUUGCUUCUCCCGCGCAUCCCGACGCCGCGGUCGCAGCAUCCAUGUUACCACCCGCUUAUGCGUCCAAGUUCGCCUACUCUCCCUUCGCAGUCACCCGCCAGGAUCCCUAUUCCGCGCCGCACUCGUCGCAAGCCGCGAACUCGUUGCAAGCUCCUAACUCGUUACAAGCACCCUUCAAGCUCCCGCCGCUCCCCGACAGCAAGAGCACCGCGCCCGCUUCUAUUUCUGCCCGCAGCAACUCUCUGUCUGGAAGCUUCCAGGAACCCGCCUCGCUGCAGGCGGCUCUUGCAUUCCAGUCCGCGUGCGCAGCACACGCCACAGGCGGGCCUUCCGCCCCUCCUUCCCCUUCCGCCCGCUUCGCCCCCUCCGCCCUUGCACACACACCAGGGGGACCUUCCGCCAUGCCGCAUACAGCAGGCGGGUGCUUGACUGCGGGCGCAUUUCCGGGAUUUGCAGCACCCUCGGCGGGAUUGGACUUCAGUAGCGGGGGAGGGGGAGUUGGCGGGACGGCAGGCGGGAUGGGAGGCGCAAUGGGGGGCGGAAGGGGGCGGAUUCCCGGAAUCUCUUCCCCGCGGGAUGAAGCUGCGGAGAGCGCUUUCUGGUCCUGGCGCCACCACUCCCGCACCUCCGCCACCCCCCCUGCGUCGGCCUCCGCCUCCCCGUUCGCCCUUCCUUGCGGGCCUUCCCCCUUCGUCGCCUCCGCCUCCCCUUCCCCUUUUGGUCUCCCGCUGCCCUUCUCCCCGGGGAGGAGGGAAGUGAGGGGGAGCGCAGGGGUAAGAGGAGGAGUGCGGGCAUGUGAUAUUGUGGCCGUGGUGGGUCAACGGGAGUUCUGGCGUACUCAGCAAGGCAUGCAGAGGCACGGGCGCAUAUUCCGAUCACAACUCUUGGACCUGCACUCUCUGAUUCAGGUUCAGCAGGAGCUUUUCCAAGCUGCUCUCCCCCCGUCGCCCGAACCCUCUGCUACCAGCGCGCAUCUCUCGCCCGCGCCUCCCCAGCCUCGUUUCCAAGCCCCCGCUGCCCUGGACGCCUGUGCCGAAGCUGAGUCGCAGGCUCGGGGAUUCCCAGGGCAGGUGGUUAGGACAGAUACGGAUGGGUUUUCUGCGGCGGUUGGGGGAGGGGGGGGUGCAGGUGGGGAGGAGGGAGGAAGGGGAGAUGAGGAGGGGAGGGGAAGGGGGGAGGUGAUAGAGGGUUAUGGGAGUGGUGAGGUGGAUGGUCUUAAUUAUGACGUGGCAGGGAGUUCAGAGCAACACGUGGCGGCAGCACUGGCAGCAGCUGCAGCAGACAUUGCAGCAGCAGCAGCUGCUGCUGCAACUGCUGCUGCUGGUGGCGCUGCUGGUGGCGCUGCUAGUGAUGCUGCUGCCUGCUCCAAGGCAAAGGCAGAAAGAAAGAGAAAGAGGCGAGAAGAGGGCGAGGGAGAAUGGCAAGCAAGCCCGAGAGCAGCGUCCUUUGCUGCUCCUGCUCUGUCUCGCUCCCCUCGUGUGGCCUCCUCCCCACGCACACACCACACACAGCGGGAAUCCAGACACCCCGAAGAGCCUGCCGUGUCCAGCUCUCCGCAUCACCCUGCCAGCUCACCUCACCGCCCCAACGGCUCACCUCACCGCCACACCUCGCCCCACGGCUUCAAGUCACCCCAUGCCCCCGCCUCGCCCCACGGCUUUCACUGCAACCCGGUUCGCCCCAGCCCCAUUCGCCCUAGUCCCAUUCCCAUUAGUCCUAUUCGCCCUUCCCCCAUCCCUCAUCCCAUACCUGCCAGCCAUACAGGCAAGAGCCCCACUUUACCCUCGGUCGUGCCUACCAACCCCGUGCCUGUAGGCUCGGCAACUGACAUGGUUGGUGGCUUGGCAAGUGCGUGGAGCUAUCCCCUAUACCAAACUCCUCCUGGCCUUUCACCUGGGAUUCCACCUGGAAUUUCACCUGGCCUUUCUCCUGGGCUUUCACCUGACCUCUAUCAGCAUGUUGUGCCUGGUGACCCUUCCUAUGCUGCUGCUUCCCCUGCUGCUGCUGUCACUGCUGCCCCUGCUCCUCCUCUCUCCGGUGUACCGCUUUCUACCGUAUCGGAUCCGUUCGGCGGAUACAGGCCCCUAUCGGGUUUAGACGUGGAUGCUUCGGCUGCUGCUGCUGUCACCGCUGCUGCUGCCACGGCUGCUGUGAAUGACGCUGCAACUGCUGCUCCUUGCAGCGACAACGAUCGUGGCAAUGGUGAUCGUGCCAGUGGCGAUCGUGACAGUCGCGAUCGUGACAAUGGCGAUCGUGACAAUGGUGAUCGUGACAAUGGUGAUCGUGACAAUGGUGAUCGUGGCAACGACAGUCGCGGUGAUGUGGGCAGGGGAGGGGAAGGAGAGAGGGGGGGACAGCACAGCAGCACGCCUCGUGGGCUUGGAAUCAGGGUCAAUGCCGUGGCACAGGAAUGGCAAUGCCAUGCCACAGGAAUCAGGGCCAAUGCCGUGCCACAGGAAUCAGAGGCAGCAGCAGGCAUGGGGCUUGACCUGGGCUUGGGCCCUGGUUUGGGCACAGCCACGGGCUUUGGCCUGGGGGAAGGUAUAGGUGGUUUAGGCGGAGGUAUGGAUGCGGCAAACAUGGCGGCUUUUCAAGCUUUCCUUGUCCAGAAACAGCAGCAGGAACUACAACAUCAGCAACAACAAUGGCAAAAACAACAACAGCAGCAGCAGCAGCAGCAGCAGCAGCAAUGGCAGCAGAUUUUGCUACAGCAUCAACAGCAGCAGCUGCUGCAGCAACAUCGGCAGCAGCAGCAGAUGUUGCAGCAGCACCAGCAGCAGCAGCAACAGUGUCAGCAGCAGCAGAUGUUGUUGCAGCAGGUGCAGCAGCAGCAAGCCCUGGUUCAGCUUCUUUGGAGUCAGAAAGCCGCUCGCACUGGUGCUGCUGCACGCGAGGCAGCUGCUGGCAAUGCUUCCGGCGGUAAUAAUGAUGACGAUGACUAUGAUACUGAUGAUGGUGAUGAUGUGUCGGAUGAUGAUUACUCUGGUGGUGGUGAUGGUGAUGGUGACAGGGAUCGCAGCUGUCAUAAGAGGCAUGGCAAGGCAGCGGCCAGGAGUCCAUCGAGCGAUGUGAGGGCAGGAGGGGGCAGCAGUAGCGGAGAGGGUACGAGUGAUGGGGACAGGGCUGACAGCUAUGGCUUCGCAGUUGGAACCGAUGAGGAUGAGCCCUAAUAGAUGGUGUAGGUAUGGCUUCCCAUGGCUGCUCUUUGAGUUUUGCUUGUGUCUCAUUGAUGGCUCGGACCCAUCAGAUGGCUGUUUUAUUUUGUGGAAUUUGCGGUACAUGUAUUUAUUGAAAAUGGUAGA